AUGAAUGACACGGAAGAUGAGCGCCGAGAAAGAUCUGAAGCGGCGCGAAAGGCCGCCAUGCGGGAAAGAAUUGAGCGACAGAAACAACAGAACCGCAUCAUUUCCAGCGACAUCCAAGCUAUCGACACGAAGAAGUCGAAGAAAAUCAUGUUUGACGACAGUGAUAGCGAGGUUCGGCGAAUAACUUUUUUAAAGUGCUUUUGGCUAAUUUUUUUAAACCAAUUUUUAACUGGAAAAUACAUGUUACUAGUUUUCUUUCAUUUUUUAGGUGUCUUUCUUAUUCACAUAUUGUUUAAUAAGAUAUUCAGAAUUUUAUAAAUUUAAGUGUAUUUGACUGGGCUUAAAACUUUAUUUGAACAAGUAUUUCGCUUGAGGAAGAAACUUCUACCAGUAAGAAAACCAGCGAUGGUCUGAAGUUGUUCGAAGACAGCGAUGAAGACGGGGAGCAAGAACUCAAAAUUAGCAAUAGGCAUACCGGUCCCAAAGGUUUUCUAUUUUACAAUUUGGAGAAGCAAUUUUCAUUUUGGAAGUUAAGGAGAGAAACUGAUGCAAAUCGAGGCCAGGUUCAACAACGAUCCCCGUUUCAAACUUGACGAUAAAUUUGUGGAAAGUGAUUCAGACUCAGAAGAUGUCGAUCCCGAGGUUCGUUCCUCAAGAACUUUUAUAGUUCAUUCAAAAAUGUUCAUUUUUUUUUUCUUUUAGAAAGAAGAGAUCCAGCAGGAAAAGACGAAAAACAAGGAGCUUCUGUCUAAAGUGCUCGGAAAGCAUCUGAAAGAAGAAAAGAAGGAAACGAAGCUCUUUCGGCCGUUUACGAGGUGCAAUUAUCCAUAUUCGGUUUAUAGACAUCUUUAAAAAAUCUGCAGGUAUGACCCGGACAAUGAGGAGCACGUGAGGUGGAUGCAGCAGUUCCAGAAGCGAAACGAAGACAAAGAGAAGGUGAAAGACGCAGAGAAGAAGUCUGAAGAGAAGGACAGCAGCGAAGAGAGCGACGACGAAGAAGGAGAGGACGACGAGGAGAAGCCGUCGACGUCAUCGGCGGCUCCCGUCGAAAUCGCCUAUGAACUCGACGCGUCCUUCGCCAAGGAACUCAAGGCCAAGGAGCAGGGCCAAGACGUCGGCGACAGCUCGUUCUCCUUCCUGGAGAUGAUGGGCCGAAAGUCUUCUGCUGAGCAAGAUCGCAAGCCGCCCUCAUUUGUAGCGCUCAAACCUAUUCCGCCGGCUCAGCCUCAGCCCAAAAAAGGCACAAAAGCCUUACCCCUAUCCCAUGGCGCCGCGUCGAAGUUCUUCCUCGACGCCCAAGAUCAGCAGGUCCGCAGCAUGGCCGCCAACUUCAGAAGGACCCAGGAUAUUCAGAAAAUUAUCAAUAACUGGACGACUUACAGAGAUUCUAUUAUGAAGGUAUGUUUUUUUUUAAUGUCGGAAAAGAAAAGCUUCAGUUUUUUUCAACCUUUUAUAACUUUAUUAUUUGAUGGUACGACAAAAUCUCAAGUCCGCAAAUCUCGAGGACCGUAAUCUUGUGUACGCAGAUCUAAAGUCCCAUAAUCUUGGAAACCAAAAUCUUGGAGACCAAAAUCUUGGAAACCACAAUCUUGGAAAGCAAAAAUCUUCCUUUUUAGUCUUCUUUAUUGCACUUUAUCUACUUAUAUUCUCUCGUUUGGAUCACCGAAUACAAUUUCUGAUAAAAAUCUAUUCGCAAAAAGCGUUGAUUUUUUUACUUUCCAAGAUUGUGGUUUCCAAGAUUUUUGGUCUCCAAGAUUUUGGUUUCCAAGAUUAUGGGACUUUAGAUCUGCGUACACAAGAUUACGGUCCUCGAGAUUUGCGGACUUGAGAUUUUGUCGUACCAUCUAUUAUUUCAUUAAUUUCACAUCCGAAGAGCAUUUUUAUGGGGAUAGUAAAUUUUAUAAAGCUUUUCCUUUAGCGCAACACAUUUUUUGUUUACGUUGUGAAAUUGAUAGUCCUUUUUUUCUUAGAAAAAUCAAAUUUUUCACGAAAAAAACUCGCUUCAACCUGCUUCAAUCAAAAAUUUAUAACAGUUUGUUUGAAGUUUUUUUAUGUAAUCAAUUUCUUCUUUGCAGAUUUGGCAAAAGCAACGUCGUGUAGCCAUGAAAAAAGAGAUUCACGACCCUUUUCUAUCACGGCAGCGGAUACGAAAACGCAAAAUGCCGACAGAAUCAGAGAAAUAG